AUGAACGAUCUCGUCUUUAUUCCAUCGAAUACAUUACCAAAAGUUAAUAUUGAUCCAUUAAGAAGAGAUUGGAAUGAUUUUCAACAUCUUUCAACUCAAGGUCGUUAUAUUACACCCAAAGCGUUUGCUGAAUUUCGAGCACCACGUUAUAAAUUAGCAUCAGUAAAAAAACAACUGUACAAUCCACACGUUCCAACAAUUCGACAUAUCGAGCGUGAUGAGGUUUUGUGUCGCUUACCGGAUGAACAUUGUCGUCAUACCACCUCAUUUACUGAAGAACAAUUUCAGACCUUUGACCCGACUCGUUCAGGUUCAUUUGUUGAAUUUUCUGGAUUAAAUUGGAAUAAUACAGGUAAAGCCUUGAUGGGCUCAGAGGAUGCAGCACCACUACAAUCGACAUCGACACCAGCCUUCGGUCAAAGAUUACGACCAGAUAAAUCGCAAACGGACUCCUGUUCAAUUCAAAAUCAAAUCUAUCGCAGUCCGUCGUUUUCCUGUUCAUCAUAUUCGCCAUCAUUGAAGAAACCAGUUAAGUAUAGUUAUAGAAAUUACGGCUUGGGAGUCUAUGAUGAAACACCUAAAAGUACCAUGUGGCCACGAUAUCAUAUGAACACGAAAAACACCUUCGAUUCCAUUAAUCGUUUACCUUUGCCGAGUCAAAUGCAAGGUAUUUUUCGUUCUGCGACAAUGUAUAAUGGUAUUUCCAAUGCUCCAUGGAAAUAA